CGGUGACUCCGCCUCUCCGUGCCGGGCGGCUCUCCGGCUGGAGCUGGAAAGGGAGCGCUUCCCGGGACUCGGCUCGGUUCUGAGGCUCCGAAGCCGACGCCGCCGGCUCAGGCCCGGGGGUGGGAGCUGGACUGCCGGUGCAGCCUGAGCCUGGGAGCCGCCAAGCAGGGAACGCCUCAUGGGACGACCCCAGGGGCUCUCUUCGUGCCCUGCUGCGGCGUCCCAGUCUUAGGCUCCCGGGUUCCUCAGCCCGCCCCGCCCGCAGCCCGCGGCCUGUCUGGAGAAGAGUAUGAGGCCCGGGGCCCCGCGGACGCCGGCCACAGGGCGGCAGGGGCCUAGCUUCAGACCCCCGCGCCCGAGGGUGGCUGGUGAGGAGCCGCGGGAGCCGGCGAGGCGUCGGGGCGCGGAGAGGAGCGUCCCAGCCCGGGAACCUCAAGGGCCGCGGGACCCGUGUGCGGCCUGAGUGCCAAGGAGGAGGCGGAGGCGAGGCGCCCCGCCGUCCGGGCUCUGGGAGAAGCGGCAAGGGGCUCCGCGGCGGCCCCCGACCCCUGGCCACCAUCCUCACGCUUCUGCUCCCGCGGGGGGGAUGUCGCGGCCCGGGCCCCGAGCGCCGCCCCGGCCCUGGGGCUGAGCUCCGGACCAUGUCCUCCCGCAGCCCCCGGCCCCCGCCCCGCCGCUGCCGCCGCCGCCUGCCGCGCCCCUCCUGCUGCUGCUGCUGCUGCCGACGCUCGCACCUCAACGAGGACACGGGUCGCUUCGUGCUGCUGGCGGCGCUCAUCGGCCUCUACCUGGUGGCGGGCGCCACAGUCUUCUCGGCGCUCGAGAGCCCGGGCGAGGCGGAGGCGCGGGCGCGCUGGGGCGCCACGCUGCGCAACUUCAGCGCGGCGCACGGCGUGGCGGAGCCAGAGCUGCGCGCCUUCCUCCGGCACUACGAGGCCGCGCUGGCUGCCGGCGUCCGAGCAGACGCGCUGCGCCCGCGCUGGGACUUCCCUGGCGCCUUCUACUUCGUGGGCACAGUGGUAUCCACCAUAGGUUUUGGCAUGACCACCCCCGCGACGGUAGGCGGGAAGGCCUUCCUCAUCGCCUACGGGCUGUUCGGCUGCGCCGGAACCAUCCUGUUCUUCAACCUCUUCCUGGAGCGCAUCAUCUCUCUGCUGGCCUUCAUCAUGCGCGCCUGCAGGGAGCGCCAGUUGCGCCGCAGCGGCCUGCUGCCCGCCACCUUCCGCCGCGGCUCGGCGCUCUCGGAGGCCGACUGCCUGGCGGGCUGGAAGCCCUCGGUGUACCACGUGCUGCUGAUCCUGGGCCUGUUCGCCGUGCUGCUGUCGUGCUGCGCCUCUGCCAUGUACACCAGCGUGGAGGGCUGGGACUACGUGGACUCGCUCUACUUCUGCUUCGUCACCUUCAGCACCAUCGGCUUCGGGGACUUGGUGAGCAGCCAGCACGCCGCCUACCGGAACCAGGGGCUCUACCGCCUGGGCAACUUCCUCUUCAUCCUGCUCGGCGUGUGCUGCAUCUACUCGCUCUUCAACGUCAUCUCCAUCCUCAUCAAGCAGGUGCUCAACUGGAUGCUGCGCAAGCUGAGCUGCCGCUGCUGCGCGCGCUGCUGCCCGGCGCCCGGCGCGCCCCUGGCCCGGCGCAACGCCAUCACCCCGGGCUCCCGGCUGCGCCGCCGCCUGGCCGCGCUCGGCGCCGACCCCGCGGCCCGCGACAGCGACGCCGAGGGCCGCCGCCUGUCGGGCGAGCUCAUCUCCAUGCGCGACCUCACGGCCUCCAACAAGGUGUCGCUGGCGCUGCUGCAGAAGCAGCUGUCCGAGACGGCCAACGGCUACCCGCGCAGCGUGUGCGUCAACACGCGCCAGAACGGCUUCUCGGGCGGCGUAGGCGCGCUGGGCAUCAUGAACAACCGGCUGGCCGAGACCAGCGCCUCGAGGUAGACCGCCCGGCCGCGCCACGGACCCUCGGCGGGCUGGCGUGCCGCCGGCCGUGGUUUGCUUUCCUUCUCUCAGACGCUGGCGCUUUCUUAAUCUUUAUCCAAUAAAAUCAAACCAAAAAAAAAAUUUUUUUUUUAAAGAAAUACUAUUUGGCCAGGCCUGAUGUUAUCCAGGGCAGGUUUUGGGGGAGCCUGUUUUCCUCGUGGGUCCCCUCGUGAAGAACGGUGGCCCCCAGCAGAUUCUCCUCCAGGGUGAGAGAAAGUGGCACCUCAGACCCCCACCAGGUGCGUACCGCAGCCAGGAGAGGGCCAUCCCUGGGUUUUGCGGACUGGCACUGAACCCCGUCCCCAUGCACAUAAGCAGCCGGCAACCCCAAAGCAUAUGGUGCAACUUCUCCUGGCUCUGAAUUACCUCCGCAGCAUUUAGAAUCCUGGCCCAGCCUAGCAGCUUCCUUCUGGUCGUCAGAAGUGAUGUAGUCACAGUUUUGACAGGUGGGGGUGGGGAGAGCCAUAUGUUGCCUACCGAUGUAUAUAAAUAGAACAGCCGCUACACACGGAGAAUGGUGUAGUAUUAUGCAAUGAGAUGAAACAUAGCACCAACUUGCGGACUGUGGCAUUUCCCCGAGAUUUAGAAAUUGGGAUGGUAAGGGGCUCAGCUGGCCUUUCUCAGCCUGGAGUUAGUGCACUUAGCACACAGGGCAGCUACUUCCAAUGCCGAAAACCCAGAGUGGACGGCAGGGCAGGGAGCAGGGGAGCACUAGAGCUGUAGGAGCCCUGCUUUGCUUCAGCCAGCUGAUCUUCGAGGCUCCAGGCACAUCUCAGAACCCCCCAACCCUCCUUUCUCUCACCAGCGCUGUCCUUGGGAAUGCUUUUCAUUACUAACCAGGAAUGUCUGAGUCUUCUCAGACGAGAUCUUGCUUUGUUGGUGUGGAUUUUGUUUCUUAACUCCCGUUGAGCAGUUCGUUUUUCCCCUUUUAGAGAACCUGAGGGUGCAGAGUGCAGUCCCCAGAACCCCUUUCUCCUCCUCUCUGAGUCAGGGCUCUGCAGGACCGGGCUCUGCCUCACCAGAAAGCAACCAUGAUGCAAAUGUUAGAGAACCUGGCUCCAGAGCCCAUAAUGUUUGGUGGACAGAUCCCAUUCUAAACCCUGUUUGGCCCCCACUGACAAUCAAGUGGAUUUUUCUCCACGCACAGUCUGUAUUGGAGGUGGAGGAAGGCAGGAGGUAGGGAGCUGAUGGAAUGGGUGGAUGGAAGCGGUUUUAGAGUUAAAGUUUUGCUUGGGAUGAUCCUUAAGCUGAGGGACGCCCUCUUCUGCAUAGAGGUCACUGAACUGAAGGAAGGUCAGAUGCUGCCUUCAUCGAAAGGCUGGGGGUCUUGGACUAUAAAUGAAUAAUGCUCUUUCAGCCCAUUUUCCUCAUCUGAAAAGAAGGUCCCAAGGACAAAUGCAACAGAAACAAUGUGACACACCAAUAUAUACAGCUUCUGAUAGGAAGUCUUACUUCUAAGACUCCUAAAGCACCAGGACACCUCACACUGUCUGCCUGAGAGGCAUGGAAAGCCGUGAAAUCUGCACCCCCUGGCCUCCAAGGAAGCAUAUGUGCCUGGAACACACACACACACACACACACACACACACACACACACACACACACACACACACAGCAUUAAGAGUCAUGCUUGAAUGUCAGCCUCCCCUUUCUCCUUCCCGUUCAUGACAAGAAGGGGAAAAUGCAUUGGGAUCUGAAUGAUUCUCUAGCUACUUCGGGUAGCUAAUUUCUAACUCAGAUUAGGAUUGGGACUUAAACACAGCUCCUAAUCUGAGGGUAAACCAGUGACAAAGAGCAGCCAGGAGAGAGGACAGUCUUGCUAGAUCCUGAAGGGUAGGCUUCCAGAGAGGAUUCGCCAUGACUGUCACUCAGGUCCGCUGGUGAGCACCCCACCCCUGCCCCACCUGAGCCGUGGCUUUAGUCCCACUGCAGUGACUGCACACUCAGAGGCACAAGUGCUCUAGGUCAAGGCCCUCUCACAGGAUCUAGAAGUAAAGUGUCAUGUUUAUCCCUCCAAAUGAAGGAAAGCUGAAAAGGCAUCCAAUUAGAGGUGUCACCCAGGCAACGAGCAAUAACUUGGGGAUCUGAAGCAUACAGAGGGGGUGAGAGAUCCCCAUGAUAGAGGCAUCUAGAUCAUGAGGACUUAAUAACAGGCAAAACAGAAGCCAACCCAGAGGAAGUGAGCCCCAGCAACGGCACAGGAAGCUUAAGACCUAGCUAUCGAGGUUCUUUGAGCUAGACAGGCCAAAGACGUGUCCAAGCCAUCCCCCUGACCAGUGCUCAGGACUGCACAGAACCAUGUCUCUGCAGGAGGAGCAGGACCUGCCUACAGAGAAGAAGAACUCAAGACCUUCCUUGGCAGUCUUCUCUGUCAGGAGUGCUUCCUAAAGUCUAUCCUAAAUUGCUCAUGCUGCAGCCUUAGCUGUUUUCACUUCUUCUCCUAUGUUCUGCCUUUGGAAGGAGACCAUUGUAAGCAGCUUGAGCAAGCUGCUGAAGGAGCCUUAAGCAUGGCUUAUGGGGGCCGGGAAGAGAGCCUCCCCUCUCACCAACCUCCCAGAGAAACACCAGCCUCCAGCAUACUAAGGUAGCUCAGGAUCCAGGGGCAUGCUCAUAUUUUUGCCCAUGUUCCCCUAGUCCCCCACCCAAAUUCAGUAUGUCAUUGUCCUUCACUUCAGGCCAGAGGGCUCAGUGCUCCAAAUGCCAGGGGCUGCUUCUCUGGAAAAGCUGGGCUCCCAAAAUUAGGGGGAUUGAUGGAGCCUAGACCCAUACCUACAGACUUAUGUGGCAUCCUGCUUGAGGGUGAGCCCUGAGAACCAGGACCGGGGUCCUACCAUCAUUUCAGGAAUAGUGACACUGAUAGGGACCCCUUUCUUUGGUGCAGGUUCUUCUGAACCUCAGGCCCCAUAAUAAAGGGCUCCCCAUUUGCUUAGAUACUGUGGCCCAUCCCACCAUGCAGGACUCUCCAGUUUGACC